AUGCAUUCCCUAUUGGUUUGGAAGCUCACUCGCCCACCUAACUAUAAGACCAACAUUGGUAGAGGGUACCCGUACUCGGAAGUCCCAUUCAUCGAUAUCGUCCGAAAUAACUCUGAGAACAGGGAGGUCACGUUCAAGCUGUUUAAUGCUCAUUACGACAUGUACUUGAAACUGGAUGCAAGUACUGACGACAUGGGAGACAGACAAGCCUGGGGCUCGAAGAAUUCCGAAGAGGAAAGUGAAAGUUUGGCGUUCUACAUUAUAAACGUCCAAUACCGGCAAGGUUUGAAGCUGGUCGCUCAGAAGGAUUCCUAUGGCGACAGGCUGCUGAUGGGGACGCAUGCGCGUUUUUAUAGUGGUCUAUUGCUAUUAUUUUAA